AUGGCAUCCAUCCUUUACCUGCUUAUUUCCCUCUUGGGGGCUUCGUCAGUUCUCUCAAUUGAUCUCCCAACUGGCUCAGAUGCUCCCUUCCUCGAAAUCGUUGACGAUGAGACCUUCAUUAUCGGCAACUCGAUCUGGAACGCCACUUUGUCAGGACAGUAUGCCCGGCCCAUUUACUACAAUGGAAAGGACUUAGUCGACGAUGCUACCGGUUUCUAUCUCUCCUACGUUGACAGCGAUGGAUUCCCCUGGCUGGACCCUGAGAUUGUCGACGCCGGAGACGACUGGAUAGAUAUUCAGUUUACCAACGACGUUGCGCGCUUCCACUGGGUAAUUUUUCGUGACUUCGCCGGCGCAUAUCAGUACUGGAUCAAUACGAAUCUCCCAGGGGGUGUCAACGAUAUGCGUGUUAUUCACCGACUCAGCAACGAAACUUUUCACAGUGGCCAUACAUAUCGCAAGGACGAGCAGCUGCCCACGUGGGACCUCUAUUAUUCCGGCAAAGAAGUUCAGGACUCAACCGUUGAGCUCUCCAAUGGGACAUACAUAAGCAAGUAUGACUGGGCAACUCAGAUAAAUGUACCAGAAGCAAAGUUCUGGGGCGUUUACGGAGAUGAUGUGGGUAGCUGGUUCAUCCAGCCUUCCCAUGAGUACGUCAAUGGAGACCAACUGAAGCAGGAACUCAUGGUCCACAUGGAGGCUCAGACUGGCGAUAUUGCGCAGUUGAAUAUGUUUGGUGGCGGUCAUUACCAGUUCGAUAUCAACCGAACCUACGGAAAGGGUCACAUGUGGGGUCCGUGGCUCUGGUAUCUCAAUGACGGCACCCUGUCCGAUGUGGAGGAAAGAUCCGAGCAGGAGAUUGCCGCUUGGCCAUACGAGUUUCCCAAUGCUGACAUUUCUGCGGCGUACCAAAGCCGUGCUGGAUCAGUCACCGGCCGCAUUACCACCUCGGAUAAUCGGGUUGGUGACACAGUCAGUGUGUUUUUGGGGGAUAACAGCGACGCGUUGUCCACUCUUGACCAGUAUACCGGGUACUACUAUCGAACCAGUACUGAUGAGGAUGGAUAUUUUACUUUCGAGAAUGUACGAACUGGCAAAUAUGGUCUGUAUGCUUGGCCAGGUGAAGGAUCGCCCGUAGGUGAUAUCACUACCAACUUCACUCAGUGGGACAUUGAAGUUACCGAGCAAGAGGGCGAACUUGACCUUGGGGUUUAUACAUGGGAGACCCAGAAUCGUACAAAGAUAUGGCAGAUCGGCACCCUCGAUCGUCUCCCCUGUGAGUUCUCCGGUGGUUGCGGUCCGUACGAGCAUGGGCUCACCGAUGACGCACCUGCAAACUUAACAUUCAACCUCGGCAGCUCUUCAACAGAAGACUGGCACUACGUCCUAAGCAACGACGGCCAGUGGGUAAUCAACUUCGAACUUGAGGGCGAGCCCGACGAGAAUGCCGGUGCUCGCCUUACUGUUGCCCUUGCCUCCUACGCUGCCAGAUGCUACAUAGAUAUCACGGUCAAUAAUGAUGUUCAGAUAGGCCAGAUCCAAGGUCUUGAGUCUGAUAGCGCCCUCUACCGCUCUUCCCCUGUGGCUGGAGUUUGGCGGUUUCUAGAGUACACGAUUGAGCCGGGCAUCAUCAAGCAAGGCUCGAACUCAAUCGAGUUUACCACCACAGCUACCGAGCAAUGGAAGGGUGCUAUGUGGGAUACUAUUAUUCUUGAGUGGGACUAA